AUGCGCACGAUCGCUCCAAAGCCGAAACGACGAUGUGCGUACUCGCGUUUCUCCUUCGAAACCGGCUGGGACUUGCAUGUGCGCUCCCAAUCGCUUGAGCGGCAUCAUCCCCAGCAUAUGAUAAGCGACAAACCCGCAGCAGUGGUAGACUUUGGUACAGGCUAUGUGAAAGCUGGCUUCGCAGGCGACACGAAGCCUCGGGUUGUCCUCCCGAACUGUGUCGGACGUCCGUUCGCAAAGGCCGCAGCCGAGCCUUUUGUUGCCCGGAGCGGCGGCAGUGCGCUCGUCGUUGGAGACCAGGCGCUCAAUAAGCGAGCGACAGGCCUCGCCCUCACAUACCCGCUGCAGAAUGGAAUCGUCCAGGACUGGGAAGCCGCAGAAGCCGUAUGGUCGCAUCUCUUCAGCGUGGAACUUGGGAUAGACCCGCAACAGCACCCGGUGCUCUGUACCGAGGCUCCACUCAACCCGCGACGCAAUCGAGAACAACUCGCAACACUUGUCUUUGAAGCGUUUGGUGUACCUGCUUUCUUCAUGGUCGUUCAGGCGGUGCUCGCGCUUUACGCAACCGGUCGAACCACGGGUGCUGUGUUGGACCUCGGCGACGGGGUCACCCAUGUCGUUCCGGUUUACGACGGAUACUGUCUACCACACGCGGUGCGGCGUUUGAACCUCGCCGGACGCGACCUAACAGACUUGGCAGCAAAGCUUCUCAAUAGCGAGUGCGGUUUAUCGACGCAUAGUCGACCUUCUGUGGUGCGAGAGAUCGCACGACAAGUCAAAGAGCAGCAUUGUUAUGUUGCUCCCGAUUGGGAAGCCGAGAACCACCGCUUUCAGCAGGAUCCAGACGCAUUUCUCCGUCGCUAUCUCCUUCCUGAUGGGCAAGAGUUAGCGUUCAAAGAGUUGAGGUUUACGGUUCCGGAGUGUUUGUUUCAGCCGGCGCUCAUGGGUAUGGAUGCGCCUGGCAUUCACGAGCUGCUCUUGGACGCCAUCCAGAAAUGCGACGUCGAUCUGCGACGCAGCCUCUACGGCGGUAUUGUGCUGAGUGGUGGUUCCAGCCUGUUUCCCGGCUUACCGGAGCGCCUCCACGCUGAGCUUGCAAAGCAGAUUCCCGGCGCUGGGGUCCAAACCAAGAUCGUAGCAGGGCCUGAUCGCCGGUUUGCGGUGUUUCAGGGUGGUGCAGUGCUUGCCGGACUCGAUACUUUCGAGCAGAUGUGGAUUACACGUGCCGAAUACGAUGAAUUCGGGCCGCAGAUUGUUCAUCGAAAAUGCCUGUAG